GGUAUUAUACUUCAUCCGAUUUAAAAACAAAUGUGUUAAAUUCAAAUCAUAAACAGAAAUGGCCCUUGUUUACUACGAUCGCACAAUUAACUCACCCUAUGACCUUGUGAUUGCGGGAUUGAGGGAAUCCUCCAGGGCCACUUCCUUGCGGCAGCUUGCCACUUUCGUGACCAUAAAGACGGGGUACCCCGGGGAAGUCUGUCACAAGAUCAUCGUGGAGGCCCUCGAGAUGGGGAUGGACUGUGGAACCAUCCGGCAAGUGGGUGAGCUCUACGACGCCGUGCCACCGGAACCACCGAGACUACCACGACGUCCAAAAUCCAAAGUGCCGCAACCAAAGCCCGCGAACGACUGCUGCGAUAAUUAAUUCAUAAUGCCGUGAGAGGAGCUGCUCGAGUGGGCGAGGAGUGCAGAGCAAACACUUUAUUAAAAUUAAAAUUUAUCUAAAUUGCGACAGCAAGCUAUUCUAUCCGCAAAGUACUUAAAGAACUCCGCCUUGC